CUCUUCUCCGUCCUCCGCCCACUUCUCUGAGUGACGUCAGCGGCUCCAGGUGAGGCAGGAGGGGCCGAGACGUGUGCAAAAAAAAAACAUGGGCGGAGACCCUGAGCAGGUAGACGCGCUACCUGAGAGUCCCGAACGCGUCACACGACGCCUGAGUCCUCACCGUCGACGGGUCUGCGCGCGGAGCUCCACCGUUCUUCUGUUGCCGAGGGAGAAGAGUCGUACAACCAUGGAAACGCAUACAAAAACACCACGGCUUCCUAUCGGCCAGCUGAUUUCCGUGCCUCACAAGGAUACAAUGCGUCUCCUGGAGGUGUACGUCAAGCGCAGCAUCAGCCUCAAUGACAGCACCCGGGGGAGUAAGAGGGCAACGGGGAAAGAAAAGUGGGUGAUGAUACCGAGAAAGCUAAGACGACAUUCCAGCGACCCUUCCCUUCACUUGGGCGGUGGACUAAACAACGGGAAGAUCGGUACAUUUUCCAGGGUGGAACCAGACCAGCCGGGACCGGGGGAAUCGGAGACGGGUCCGGUGGAAUCGGAGAAACCCGUGAAAAAACCCAAGAAGAACAAGAAGCCCUCGCUUUGGAAAAGCUUCCUGGGUAUUUUCUCCCGGAAGGUUAGCGAGGAGAAAGACGACGAGCUGGACGCUACCCCGCCGAUACCCGAGGUCCCCUCGGUAGCAGAGGCCUCUGACAGCGGGGACGCCUGCGUGCCCACAACGACAGUCAACUCGCAGAGAAGGAAGUUAUCGAGAAGUAAAUCCCUCAGAAGAAGGUUCUCCAAAAGGCGGAUAUCGAUGACGAAACCAAACAAAGCCGGUCGAGAUCUCAACCCCGCCGACAUCACUCGAGUUCAAGCCGUCAGCGUGGAAUCCACGUACAAUUACUACGAGAAGGUGACUGAGGAACUGGAGAAAAUUGUGCACGAGGUCCAAGAAAAUGAGGAAGUUGAACGUCUCUCUGAUGAGGAAGUAAUCGAUAGGAUCAUUGCUUUGACAAAGGAGGAGGGUGAUGCCAUCGAUGACAAGCUGAAAGACAACCCGACCCUGAGCAACUUCUUCAAAGGGAUGUCGUACUCUUCCUUCCAGAAGUUGGCCGACGCGUACCUGGAGACCGAAACGUCGCCGGCUCACAAUCCUCCCACUGUCCUGCCGACGGCGCCGGAGCUGGUGAAGUUGGCCUUCACGUUGGACUUUACAGCUAGAAUUGCCGGGCUCUCCAAACAGAACUUAGGCCACAUUACUGGCCUGGGGUGCCGUUAUCUGCACGAUCGAUUUGAAUACCAACAGGCGUGUACAGAUCAUCCAGGGUCUGACAGUGAUGACUGAGAGACAACCCGGCACCAAACAAUGUGGUUAAGGAUGUGUUGCAACUAUGAAUUCCUCCUUUUUCAAGAACACAAACGCAACCUAGCACACAUUUUAAGCUAAUAUUCAUUUGGUAUAUUCAUUUAACUUUUACUGUUUUUUUAUCGUAGAAAAGUUGCGCAAUUCUUCUGCAGUUUUUUUUCUGAUAAAAAAAAAAAAACACUUGAAUGGCUUUGGUAGAUUUUUAAUGUUUACUUUUCAAAGUGUGAAUUGUAAUAUCAAGUACAGUCUUAACACAUGGCAAUAUUUGAGAAAAGUAGAUUCUACAAUGACAAUGAAAAUGUGAUGUUCUUUUUUUUUUUUUUACAAAUCCACCAUUGAAUUCUAUAGGUUCUUGACAUUGAUUUGCAAUGCGAUAACCUUUAGUUGUAUAUAAGCUCGACUCUGUGCAAUAUUUGUUUUACAUUUCUAGGGUUGUAAAAUAGACUGACACCAUUUGGUUUUUUGCUAUGAAUGCUGGCAUCCAUAUCACAUACUCAAAUAAAAUGUUUAAUUUAA